AUGGACGAGACCACCAAGGAGGACAUCUUACGAAUGACUUUGGGUCUUACAGACCAGAAGACCAUCGCCCAGCUUUCCCUGGCCGGCACCAUGGCCCAGCAGAAGCGGGAGGAGAUGCACUACUCCCAGACCAAGAAGAAGGCCCGCCUUGAGGAGGAGACGAAGAAGAAGGCUCGCCUCGAGGAGGAG